AUGGCGCUGCGCUAUGCUCUCAUCGUCGUUAUGAUCACGUCUGCUGCCAUGUCAUUACCCCCGGUUAUUAGAAUUGGUGCGAUAUUCACCGAGGACCAGAAGGACAGCCCGUCGGAGCUGGCGUUCAAAUACGCCGUCUACAAAAUCAACAAGGAGAGAAUGAUAUUGCCCAACACCACUGUGGUAUACGAUAUCCAGUACGUGCCUAAAGACGAUUCGUUUCGAACGUCGAAAAAAGCUUGCAAGCAGCUGUCGCGCUCGGUCCAGGCCAUCUUCGGGCCGACGGACUCGCUGCUCGGGCCGCACAUCCAGAGCAUCUGCGAGGCCCUGGACGUGCCGCACAUCGAGGCCCGCCUCGACUUCGAGCCGAGCUUCAAGGAGUUCAGUAUUAAUCUUUAUCCCGCCCAGGAUCAUCUCAAUCGAGCUUUCAAGGACCUUAUGACUUUUUUGAACUGGACCAAGGUUGCCAUUAUUUACGAGGAGGAUUUUGGUUUGUUCAAACUGCAAGACUUAGUGAAAUCGCCGCCUUCGCCGAAAACGGAGAUGUUCAUUCGCCAGGCUGGUCCCGGCACCUAUAGACAAGUACUAAAGGAGAUUCGUCACAAGGAGAUUUACAAACUAAUCAUCGACACCGAUCCUAGAUUUAUGCAACAAUUCUUUAGAGCGAUAUUACAAUUACAAAUGAACGAUUACCGAUACCACUACAUGUUCACGACUUUCGACUUGGAAACGUUCGACUUGGAGGACUUCAAGUACAACAGUGUAAAUAUGACGGCGUUUCGACUGGUCGACUCGGAGGCGCCCACGGUGAUCGAGGCGUUGCGCCACAUGGAACGAUUCCAGCCGGUCGGCCACUCGAUACUCAACAAAUCCGGCAUCAUCCAAGCUGAGCCAGCCCUCAUGUACGACAGCGUGGCGGUGUUCGUGCACGGCCUCGCCGCAUUGGAUCGCAGUCACGUGCUACGACCCGCCAAUCUGUCCUGCGAGCGCGAGGAGCCCUGGGACGACGGUCUAUCGCUUUACAAUUACAUCAAUUCCGCCGACCUGCACGGCCUGACCGGCCACAUCGAGUUCAACGAGGGCAAGCGCACCAACUUCAAAUUGGACCUGCUCAAGCUGAAGAAGGAGGAGCUGGUGAAGGUCGGCGAGUGGAAGCUGGGCAGCGGCGUCAACAUAUCCGACGUCGGCGCCUUCUACGAGACCAGCGCCACCAACAUCACCCUCGUCGUAAUGACCAGAGAGGAAAAGCCGUACGUGAUGGUGAAGGAGGACAAAAAUCUGACGGGCAACGCGCGAUUCGAGGGCUUCUGCAUCGACCUGCUCAAGUGGAUAGCCGGCCAGGUGGGCUUUCAGUACGCCAUCAGGCUGGUGCCCGAUCACAUGUACGGCGUCUACGACCCCGAGACCAAGGAGUGGAACGGCAUCGUGCGCGAGCUCAUGGAAAAAAGAGCCGAUCUCGCAGUGGCAUCGAUGACCAUCAAUUAUGCCCGCGAGAGCGUGAUCGACUUCACGAAACCCUUCAUGAACCUCGGCAUAGGCAUCCUCUUCAAGGUAACGGCGCAAGAGCCAUCGCCGCUGUUCUCCUUCAUGAAUCCGCUCGCGGUGGAGAUCUGGCUGACGAUGCUCGCCGCCUAUGUCUGCGUCUCCGUGACCAUCUGGAUCGUCGCGCGUAUAUCCCCCAACGAGUGGGCCGAGCCCGCGCCCUGCCCCAGCUGCAAGUGCCCUUUACAGGGCAGUCACGUCAGCUACUGCGACCCGGACGACGAGGACAUUGUCCUGCCCCAGAUGGUCAACGACUUUACCCUGGCCAACAGCUUCUGGUUCACCAUCGGCACGCUGAUGCAGCAGGGCAGCGAUCUCAAUCCCAGGGCUACCAGCACGCGUAUCGUCGGCGGCAUCUGGUGGUUCUUCACCCUGAUCAUCAUCUCCUCGUACACUGCCAAUCUUGCCGCCUUCCUCACGGUCGAGCGCAUGAUCACUCCGAUCGAGAACGCGGCCGAUCUCGCCGAGCAGACGGACAUCCCGUACGGCACCCUCGAGGGCGGCAGCACCAUGACCUUCUUCCGCGACUCCAAGAUCGCCAUCUACCAGAAGAUGUGGCGCUUCAUGGAGUCCAAGCAGCCCUCGGUCUUCGUGUCGGACUACGAGAAGGGCGUGAAGCGCGUCCUCGAGGGCAAUUACGCCUUCCUCAUGGAGUCGACCAUGCUCGAUUACGCCGUGCAGCGGGACUGCAAUCUGACGCAGAUCGGGGCGCUGCUCGACAGCAAGGGCUACGGCAUCGCUACGCCCAAAGGUUCGCCGUGGCGCGACAAAAUAUCUCUCGCCAUACUGGAGCUGCAGGAAAAGGGUGUGAUUCAGAUUCUCUACGACAAGUGGUGGAAGAACACCGGGGACGUGUGCAACCGCGACGACAAGAGCAAAGAGAGCAAGGCUAAUGCUCUUGGCAUCGAAAACAUCGGUGGAGUAUUCGUUGUUCUGCUCUGCGGCCUGGCCUUGGCCAUACUCGUGGCGAUACUGGAAUUCUGCUGGAAUUCGAAGAAAAACGCCCAAUCGGACCGGUCGAUAUGCGCCGAAAUGGUGUCGGAGCUGCGCUUCGCCGUGCGCUGCGGCUCGCGCCAGCGGCCCGCCACGAAGUUGCGCUGCUCGUCGCUGACCCAGGGCGACGGUGGAGUCGUCGUCGACGACGGCAUAAGCGGCUGCCACAUGGCCACCACCUCGACGAUGAUCGCCGCGGCCUCGACGUCGCAGUGUCGCCGGUGCAGCUCGCAGGCCUCGAUGAUGUACCAGCGGCGCACCUCGCGCCACUGCAGCGAGCAGUUUCAGGUCGGCAAUCAUCUGCAGCAGCACGAGCAGGAGACGACCUACGUGCCCGGCCACGAGAUACCCUGGUUGAAUGCGGGUAGCUGGUCGUGCGGUACCGAUGACGGAGAUGAAGAAAUCAUUGAGCUACGAUCAAAUGACGGUGGAGCUCAGCACCAACACCAGCAACGAAGGAAUCAGCUAGCAUCAGCUUCAGCCUCGGCUGGACAUGCAGCAGCAGCUGGAGCUGCAUCAAAUGCAGCUGGAGCUGGAACAGCAGCAGGUCCAGUAUCAGGGGCAGCAGCAGCAGCAGGAGCGUCCAACUACGCUGAACCCAUUACCCACCAGCAGCAGCAACAACAGCUGAUAACGCAGCAGCAGCAUCAACAACUGAGGCAGAGACAAGCCACUUCCGCCAUAGGCUUGGCUCAAGAAGGUGACCAACCUGAGUGCACGAUGUGGAGAUACGAUUGCGAUUUAGCGGCUGAUCCGGACGUGAUAGUGUCGCCGCCGGCCGUGAUGGUUCCACCCGCGCCGCCGCCGCCCACCGCCGCCUCGAUCGCGAGUCGCGGCACCUUGAGGCCGAUACUCGAGGAGGCUCCGACAGGUGUGCCUCCCCGGGAUCAUCAUCAUCGCUAUUUACACUCCGUAGCCGCUACGGCGAGGUCGUCGUCCGCUGCUCUCUUGAGCAAUAAGGAGUCGUCGUUUUGAAAGUACGUCUACCUGAGCCGCCGCGGGGGGGACCACCUCGUCUACUUCUUCUCGUUCCUGGUCAUCGUCGUCGUCGUCGCUCUGCUACUACUGCUACUACUACCACCACACUCAUCCCCCUUCUCAUCCAGAUACACACUCGUCGGACCAAAUAUUGUUAUAUCGCCGCUCGCUCGAUCAUUGAUCAGAAAACAAAUUAUGUAUUAUA